AUGUCUCGUCUGGUCAGUGGGGUCAGGUCGUUGUCGAGGCUAAUCUCCCUGCUCUCCUUAGCUACGGCCUCGAACUUGGCCACCGCAGCUUCUCGACCCGCGGCCCAGCCGUCUUCGUUCCAAGUGUUUCGCGAUGUUCCGUCUCUCCGCCAGCUCCGUCACCAAUUAUUAAGAAAUGAACGUACCGUGGGAUUUGUGCCUACGAUGGGUGCACUCCAUGAGGGGCAUCUCUCCUUGAUUCGUGAAGCAGCUCGCGAGAACACCGAUAUCUUCGUUAGCAUCUACGUGAACCCCACUCAAUUCGGCGUCAACGAGGACCUAUCUAGCUACCCUCGCACCUGGGACAGUGAUGUCGAGAAGCUGGAGAAGCUGAAUGAGGAGUUGGGCCGUUCAGGGGCCCCUGGCUCCGGACAGAUCACGGCCAUCUUCGCUCCCACGUCGAAGGUCAUGUAUCCAACUCUGCCCCCAUCAUCCGACAUUGAUGGUCAGGGAUCUUUUGUUACAAUCACUCCUCUAUCCUCAAAGCUCGAGGGAGGCUCCCGACCCGUUUUCUUCCGCGGUGUCGCAACCGUCUGCAUGAAGCUCUUCAAUGCCACCACUCCCGAUCGUGUAUACUUCGGCCAGAAGGAUGUACAGCAGACUGUCAUUAUCAAGCGAAUGGUGCAGGACUUCCUAAUUGGCACCGAGGUCCGCAUUGUCAGCACUGCUCGCGAGGCCGACGGAUUGGCAAUGAGCUCUCGCAACGUGUAUUUGGGUGACCGCAGACGUGCCGUGGGACUCACAAUCUACAAGGCCCUCAAGGCGGCCGAGGAUGCGUACCAGUCGGGCAAGGUUUCCCGCGCAGACAUUCUCGGGGCUGCUCGGAGUAUCACCGACCAGGUGCUGGCUGAGCAGCGUGCACUGACACCAUCUGAGAGAUCGCUCUUUGAGGUGGAUUAUAUUUCCUUGGCUGAUCCGAACACUCUCGACGAGCUGGAUCUCGUUGACCCUACUCAGGGCGGUGUCCUGAGUGCUGCUUUGAAGAUGGCGCCCUUGGAAGAGAACAAGCCCGGCGAGGACUGCGGAUUGGGAGACGGUAAGGUGCCAGUGCGUCUGAUCGACAACCUGAUUCUUCAGCCACGGGCUUGA